AUGUGCAUCAUUUCAACGCAGUGUCUCUCGCUGUUUGACAACGACGAUGUGCUGAUCGAGAAGCUGCCGUGGGAAGUGCAAGGAUGUCCGAUAUACAAGAACGAAAAGAUGCACAGCGCCGUGGACCGCAUCUGCGAGCUGUGCCACGAGAUGUUCAGGAAGGAGGCGCCAGACCUGCGGGCGCUCUGUCGAAGCAGCUGCUUUCAUAAUCCGUACUUUUUGAGUUGUCUGAACAUUUUGCUUCCUAACCUUCAGCUAUCGAUGUAUAGUUUGAAUAAAUAA